ACGCGUGACUGCAGGAGGCAGAAGAGGAAGAAAAGCAUUAUUUGGAGAGAAGAAUAAACCAGCUACUCCAACCCUUUCUGCAAAUUGGUGCUAUUACUUCUGGGUCCAUUUGCCUUUUUUCUCCCCGAACCCCCAAUUUGGAAAUCUUGACUUGAGGGCCAAGAGACAGCCCCCCUACAACGGGGGAGGGGAGGGGGGCGCUUCUGGGUUGGCAGACCUUUUGGAUGUAGCGUUGGCGAGACACUUAGACGCUCUCCUCUGCAAAAGCCACGAUGAAUUCAGUAGCUGGGAAUAAAGAGAGGCUUGCGGUCUCCACCAGGGGCAAGAAAUAUGGGGAUCUGAAGGGCUGUACCCCGAAUGAAUUAAAAACCCAGAAGUCACAGCCCCUUCCCACCCCCCGGCCGGGUCCCCAGCAAGCCCGUCUCCCGACCCAAGGACCAGUCCGCUGGUGCCCGGGAACCGGCGCAGGGGUCACCCGGGCGGUGGGGACUCACUUCAGGACAAUUACUGAGACCGAUGGCGGGAAUGUGAACGACGGCUGCUCGCCCACCAACCCCGCGGCGCCCUUCUCCCCGGAAAGCUGGUACCGCAAAGCGUACGAGGAGUCGCGCGCGGGGAGCCGGCCCACCCCCGAGGGCGCGGGCUCGGCGCUCGGCUCUUCGGGGACCCCGUCCCCCGGCUCGGGCACCUCGUCCCCGAGUUCCUUCACCGGCUCCCCGGGGCCCGCGUCUCCGGGCAUCGGCACCAGCUCGCCAGGCUCCCUGGGCGGCUCGCCGGGCUUCGGCACUGGCUCCCCGGGCUCCGGGAGCGGCGGCGGCUCCUCCCCCGGCUCGGACCGCGGCGUCUGGUGCGAGAACUGCAACGCCCGCCUGGUGGAGCUGAAGAGGCAGGCGCUCAAGCUGCUGCUCCCGGGGCCCUUUCCCGGCAAGGACCCUGCUUUCUCGGCUGUGAUUCAUGAGAAACUCCAGGUCCCCAACACCAUCCGAAAGGCAUGGAAUGACCGAGAUAACCGCUGUGACAUUUGUGCCACACACCUGAACCAGCUGAAGCAGGAAGCCAUCCAGAUGGUGCUGACGUUGGAGCAGGCGGCUGGCAGCGAGCACUAUGACGCCUCUCCUGGCUCACCCCCUCCGCUCUCCAACAUGCCCACCCUGGUAGGGUCCCGGCAUGUGGGCGGUGGGCUCCAGCAGCCCAGGGAUUGGGCCUUUGUGCCUGCUGCCUAUGCCACCUCCAACUACACAGGCCUUGUCAACAAGCACAGCAGCAAACCCAGCAGCCUUGGGGUCAGCAAUGGGGCAGAAAAGAAGAGUGGGUCCCCCACCCACCAGGCCAAGGUCAGCCUCCAGAUGGCCACCAGUCCCAGCAAUGGGAACAUCCCCAAUGCAGUGGCCAUUCAGGCCCACCAAUACCUGGAUGGCAGCUGGUCUCUUUCAAGAACCAAUGGGGUCACCUUGUACCCCUACCAGAUCUCCCAGCUGAUGACAGAGAGUGCCCGUGAGGGACUGACGGAGGCGGCGCUGAACCGCUACAAUGCAGACAAGCCCGCGGCCUGCAGUGUCCCAGCCUCGCAGGGUUCCUGCGUGGCCAGCGAGACUUCCGCAGGGACCUCGGUGGCUGCAUCCUUCUUCGCACGAGCUGCCCAGAAGUUAAAUCUGUCUUCCAAAAAGAAGAAGCAUCGACCUUCCACUUCUUCUGUUGUCGAGACGCCACUCUUUGCUACUAGCUUCAGUGGGAUCCUGCAGGCCUCCCCUCCCCCGGCCCCGCCCUGCCUGCUGAGGGCUGUCAACAAGGUGAAAGACACGCCAGGCUUGGGCAAGGUCAAAGUCAUGCUUCGGAUUUGUUCGACUUUGGCUCGUGAUACCUCAGAAUCCAGCUCUUUCUUAAAGGUGGACCCACGGAAGAAGCAGAUCACUUUGUAUGAUCCCCUGACUUGUGGAGGUCAAAAUGCCUUUCAGAAAAGAAGUAACCAGGUUCCUCCUAAGAUGUUUGCCUUCGAUGCAGUUUUUCCACAGGAUGCUUCUCAGGCUGAAGUGUGUGCCGGGACCGUGGCGGAGGUGAUCCAGUCUGUGGUCAACGGGGCAGAUGGCUGCGUGUUCUGUUUCGGCCACGCCAAGCUGGGAAAAUCCUACACCAUGAUUGGGAAGGAUGACUCCAUGCAGAACCUGGGCAUCAUUCCCUGUGCCAUCUCUUGGCUCUUCAAACUGAUCAACGAACGGAAAGAAAAGACUGGGGCCCGUUUCUCAGUCCGGAUCUCAGCUGUGGAGGUGUGGGGGAAAGAAGAGAACCUACGGGACCUGCUGUCUGAGGUGGCCACGGGCAGCCUGCAGGACGGCCAGUCCCCAGGCGUGUACCUCUGCGAAGACCCCAUCUGUGGCACACAGCUGCAGAACCAGAGCGAGCUGCGGGCCCCCACUGCAGAGAAGGCUGCCUUUUUCCUGGACGCUGCCAUUGCCUCCCGCAGGAGCAACCAGCAGGACUGUGACGAAGAGGAUCACCGCAACUCCCACAUGCUCUUCACACUGCACAUCUACCAGUACCGGAUGGAGAAGAGUGGAAAAGGCGGAAUGUCUGGAGGUCGCAGCCGCCUGCAUCUCAUUGACCUCGGCAGCUGUGUGAAGGCUCUCAGCAAAAAUCGAGAAGGAGGCUCCGGGCUGUGCCUCUCGCUGUCUGCUCUGGGCAAUGUCAUCCUGGCUCUCGUCAAUGGCAGCAAACACAUCCCAUACAAAGAGAGCAAGCUCACCAUGCUGCUGCGCGAGUCCCUGGGGAACGUGAACUGUCGCACCACCAUGAUCGCUCACAUCUCUGCCGCGGCUGGGAACUACGCGGAAACCCUGUCCACCCUCCAGAUCGCAUCGAGGGUCCUACGGAUGAAGAAGAAGAAGACGAAGUACACGUCCAGCUCCUCUGGCGGAGAAAGCUCCUGUGAAGAAGGCAGAAUGCGCAGGCCCACCCAGCUGAGACCCUUCCACACCAGGGCCACGGUGGAGCCCGACUUCCCCAUCGCUCACCUGUCCAGCGACCCCGACUACUCCUCCAGCAGCGAGCAGUCCUGCGACACAGUCAUCUACAUCGGGCCCAACGGCACAGCCCUCUCCGACAAGGAGCUCACCGACAACGAGGGCCCCCCAGACUUUGUCCCCAUUGUGCCGGCCCUGCAGAAGACUAGGGGUGACAGCCGGCCUGUGGAGGCAGGAGAGGCUGCGGCCAGCAAGUCCGAAAGGGACUGCUUGAAGUGCAACACGUUUGCCGAGCUGCAGGAGAGACUGGACUGCAUCGACGGCAGCGAAGAGCCCAGUAAGUUCCCUUUUGAAGAGCUGCCUGUCCAGUUCGGGGCAGAACAGGCGAGCAGAGGCCCGCGGUUAAGCCAGGCAGCCGGGGCUCAUCCGCUCUCCGAGUCGGAUAAGGAAGACAAUGGGUCAGAUGGCCAGCUGACUGACCCGGACGGCUCGGACCCCCCGGCCUCCAAGGCACAGCGGGACCGCUCCCCAGGGCCUGCCACGGCCCGCAGCAGCAGCCCUGCCCCGGCCUCACCCCGGAGCAUCCCUGGCAGCAGCAGCCAGCACAGUGCGUCCCAGCUCGUGCAGAGCCCCAGCCUCCAGAGCAGCCGCGAGAGCCUCAACUCCUGUGGCUUUGUGGAAGGCAAGCCCAGGCCCAUGGGCUCCCCGCGGCUGGGCAUCGCCAGCCUGUCCAAGACCUCUGAGUACAAGCCCCCCAGCUCGCCUUCGCAGAGGUGCAAAGUCUACACCCAGAAGGGGGUCCUGCCGUCCUCCGCCCAGCUGCCAGCCCUGAGCAAGGACUCCGGCAUGGUCUCCAGUGAGUCCUUGCUGCAGCCUGAGGUCCGUACCCCACCAGUGGGAAUGAGCCCCCAGGUUUUAAAGAAAUCCAUGUCUGUAGGGAGUGAGGGCUUUGCGGAGAACCCCGCCGAGGACGGGCGCCAGGCAUCUCCUCCAGACUCCAAGAAGGAGAUCCUGAGCACCACGAUGGUGACCGUGCAGCAGCCCCUGGAGCUGAACGGCGAGGACGAGCUGGUGUUCACACUGGUGGAGGAGCUGACCAUCAGCGGAGUCCUGGACAGCGGCCGCCCCACCAGCAUCAUCAGCUUCAACAGCGACUGCUCUGUGCAGGCCUUGGCCUCAGGCUCCCGGCCCGUCAGCAUCAUCAGCAGCAUCAGCGAGGACCUCGAGUGCUACUCCAACAUGGCGCCUGUCUCGGAGGUGAGCAUCACGCAGUUCCUGCCUCUCCCGAAGCUAAGCCUGGAGGAGAAGGCCCGGGAGUCUGGCAGCAGACGCUCCUCCAUCAGCUCCUGGCUGAGCGAGAUGAGCGCGGGCAGUGACGGUGAGCAGUCGUGCCACAGUUUCAUAGCCCAGACAUGCUUCGGGCACGGGGAGGCCAUGGCAGACCCCCCAGCCUCGGAGUUCGUCAGCAGCAUCCAGAACACCACUGUCGUGUGCAGAGAGAAGCCCAAGGCGGGCCCCGACAACCUGCUCAUCCUGUCUGAUGUGGCCGACGAUCCCUUCAACAAGGCCACUCCUAUCAAAGGCUGCAAAAUAUCGACCCUGGGCAAGGCCAUGGUCACGAUCUCCAACACGGCCAAUCUGAGCGGUUGCGAGGGGUACAUCCCCAUGAAGACCAACAUCACGGUGUACCCCUGCAUUGCCAUGAGCCCCCGCAAUGUGCAAGAGCCUGAGGCACCCACCGCCACCCCCAAAACGGCCCCCAAAGCCACACAGUCCCAGGAAAGUAAGGAAGCUGGUACGAAGAAGGAGAUGAAAUUUGAGGACCCCUGGCUAAAGCGUGAAGAAGAAGUGAAAAAUGAAAAUGUGUAUCCCAGUGAAGAAGGAGCUCGAUAUGACACCGCCACGGGCGCCACAAAGCCUGAGGCCACAGCAGAGCAGGAAGCAGAGAGGAACCCCAGCCCGGGCGACAGGCUCAGCAGCAGCAGCGGGGAGGUGUCUGCCUCCCCUGUGACCGACAACUUCCGGAGGGUUGCAGAUGGCUGUGAGAUGGCACUGCCUGGCUUGGGCGCUCAGAGCCCCGUGCAUUCCAACAAAAGCCUGAAGUCCAGCAGUCUCCCGAGGGCGUUCCAGAAGGCCGGGAGGCACGAGGAGCCCGACAGCCUCUUCUGCCACUGUGCGGCCGACUCCAAUGGCUUUGGAGCCCAGCCCUCCAAGGCAGCCCUGGAGAGGAAGGUGGCUUCACCCAAGCACUGUGUCCUUGCCCGGCCUAAAGGGACUCCACCUCUGCCCCCUGUCCGCAAGUCCAGCCUGGACCAGAAGAACCGGGCCAGCCCGCAGCACAGUGCCGGCACCAGCAGCCCCUUGAACCAGCCAACCACUUUCUUGGCCAGCUUCCCCGAUGAGCCAGGCAGCAAGACGAAGGAUGUUAGCAGCAGCAGCAAGCUCUUCAGUGCCAAGCUGGAGCAGCUGGCCAGCAGGACCAACUCCCUCGGCAGGGCAACAGUCAGCCACUACGAGUGCCUGUCGCUGGAGAGGGCUGAGAGCCUGUCCUCCAUGAGUGCGCGGAUGCAUGCAGGCAAGGACAGCACCAUGCCCCGCACGGGACGGAGUCUGGGCCGCAGCGCAGGGGCCUCGCCACCCAGCUGUGGUACCUCCCAGUCCGCAGGGGCCUCGCCCAAGGCCAGCCAGUCCAAGAUCUCAGCAGUGAGCAAGCUGCUCCUGGCCAGCCCCAAGGCACGCAGCCUGUCCACCUCCACCACCAAGACCCUCAGCUUCUCCACCAAGUCUCUGCCGCAGUCGGUGGGCCAGAGCUCCAACCUGCCGCCCAGUGGGAAGCACAUGUCCUGGUCCACCCAGUCGCUCAGCAGGAACCGCAGCUCGGGCCUGGUGUCCAAGCUGCCACUGCGUGCAGUGAACGGGCGCAUCUCAGAGCUGCUGCAGGGCACUGCGAAUGCGCAGGGUUCACAGGCUGAGGAGCGCGGGGAGGACCGGCCAGCAGCCACCACGCACCUGCUGCCCUCACCCUACAGCAAGAUCACCCCGCCGAGGAGGCCACACCGCUGCAGCAGCGGCCACGGCAGCGACAACAGCAGCGUGCUGAGCGGGGAGCUGCCGCCAGCCAUGGGCAAGACCGCCCUGUUCUACCACAGCGGUGGCAGCAGCGGUUACGAGAGCAUGAUGCGGGACAGCGAGGCCACGGGCAGCGCGUCCUCGGCACAGGACUCCAUGAGCGAGAACAGCAGCUCAGUGGGCGGAAGGUGCCGGAGCCUCAAAACCCCGAAGAAAAGGUCCAAUUCAGGUUCCCAGAGACGGAGGCUCAUCCCAGCAUUGUCCCUCGAUACCUCCUCCCCUAUGCGAAAACCCGCCACCAGCACCGGGGUCCGCUGGGUGGACGGCCCCCUGCGCAGCACCCAGAGGGGCCUCGGGGAGCCUUUCGAAAUUAAAGUCUAUGAGAUCGAUGACGUGGAGCGCCUGCAGCGGCGGCGUGGGGGCACCAGCAAGGAUGUCGUGUGCUUCAACGCAAAGCUGAAGAUUCUGGAACAUCGGCAGCAGAGAAUCGCCGAGGUCCGAGCCAAGUACGAGUGGCUGAUGAAGGAGCUGGAGGCGACCAAACAGUACCUGAUGCUGGACCCCAACAAGUGGCUCCGUGAAUUUGACUUGGAGCAGGUUUUGGAGCUGGAUUCCCUGGAGUACCUGGAGGCGCUCGAGUGCGUGACGGAGCGCCUGGAGAGCCGCGUCAACUUCUGCAAGGCACAUCUCAUGAUGAUCACCUGCUUUGACAUCACCUCCAGGCGCCGAUAAGGAGACAUGUCCCCGCCCAUGGUCCCCUGGGGGACCUCAGAGGCGUCGCCCUCCCCGGGCCUUCGGUGCUGGCAGCACCCAAAGACGGUAGAAUGAGGAUGAAGGUCGGCGGCAAGUCUGCAGUGAGCGGUGAGCGGAAGGCGGUUUUUGCUCUGUGUUCUGUAGGGAAGAUGGGAACACCAAACACGCGGAAGGAGAAAGUGACGGGAAGCUCAAGGGACUUCGAAGACCCGGGAGACUGAAGAAGCACUUUGAGGAACUUUGAAGAACUUGUUUGUACAUAGAACUGCUAGCAAAGAGACCUCGCUCUUGUCUUGCUUUGGUGAGAAAGGGGGAGGGUGGACGCAGCACUGCUGACCACGGCGAAAACGAAACAGCAACGACGAGAUGACCCUGAAUGACAGAUCAAGUGCCUUGCAAAUCUUUAUGAUUAUCCGAACUUUUGUGUUCAUACUUUCUGUGUACAGAUGGUGCUAGUCAAGACGAAAAUAACAAAAGCAACGAAAAAGAAAAUCCAACACAUUUUUGCAGUGUAUUUACAGCUCCUUUUCUCUCUUGGUGUUUUAUCCUAUCGCUGACUUGCUGUUUCUCAGCAAGUUGUGUUUGUAGAGCUAUUUCCUAAUCAGUAUUGCAUAUGAAUAAAUGUUAACUGUCUUCUAUGGUUAUUCUGGUAAGGCCACUCACACAGAGACUUCAUCCGUCCCAGCCAGCAUGUUUCCAAAGAAGGUUUGGAACAGUGGGUGACGCUCAGUGCCACCCCUGAAGGGCAGCAGGACAGCGAGCAGCAGGACGCUGAUGGUGAAGCAGGCGCACAGGAGCUUUACCGGCUGGGAGAGGAGCCUGGUUUGCAUUUGUAAGGAUAAGGUUGUCCUUUGUCACCUGGGCCCCGCCCUCUCCUCGGAGGUGGGUUGUUUGCCCUCAACCCCUCCUUUCCUCUCCCGUCCAGGGUCUGAUGGUUCCCCAAAUGCAUUUGUGCUCAUUUCUAUUUCAAAGACUCUGGACUGAAAGCUUGAGCCAAUUCAGCACAGCCGUACUCCUUUGUUUUUGAGUUUUGCGCAUGUAUUGCUGUAGGGGUGGGAGCUCCGUGCUGAGAUCUUCAUCCUGCCCCUGCUCAGCGGCUCCCACGGUAUCAGUUUAGGACAGGAGGAGGCCCAGGACUGCACAGCUACUCUGUUGUCCAGAGUCGAACCUAAAAGCAGGAAGUCCAGUUCUACCUGCUCCAAAGCCUGCACCUACUCAGAGACAAAGCUGGUUCCUCCAGCCAUGGCUCUCCAAGGCAGAGAGGCUCUGCUCCCUAAGUCCCAUAUCCCUGGGCAGGCAGAGCAGAGGUGAAUGAAUUUGGAUGUCCAGGUCUUGGCUCCUCAUUCUCAAGUUACACCAGCUCUCUCAGGAGCAUUCCACCCAUUAGGGAUAGAAACCUUGGGUCACAGAGGGCAGAGGCAUCACCUGAUAACAGCAGACAGCAGCAAGGGCAGCAGAGCAUUGUGGGAAGGCCAGGAGCGCUCCUGUUCCUGGGACAGGGCCCUAUCCUGGAGCCCCUGCAGCCUUCCGGUGACAGAGUGCUCCCAGACUCACUCAGAGCACUGCGCGCCUCUGCCCUCAGAUGCGUGUGCCUUCCCAAGCCUGUUCCAGACUAGGCCUCCCCAUCACCACCGCCUUACCCCAGCUGCUCCCCCAGGAGAAAGAAGCUUUGCAUGUCUUGGAUGUACCUGUGGACGCAUGUAGCCCAGCACAGCUGACCAAACAGCCGGCGGGGCUCAGUGAGACUCAGUAAAUGGGAACGGAAGGCUUUUCUCACCACAGUGCUGGUCCUCCUGGCUUCCACAGUCCUGAAAGCGAGCUCCAUGGGUCACAACCCGGCCUUGCAGUCUAUAAAUGUCUGCUCCUAUGCAAAGAUGACCACAUAGGAGAUGCUCAAAUUGCUCUCAAGUAGACUAAAAUAUGGGGAAAGGCUAAUGUGGAAUGGAUCGUGCCACCCUCUCUGCAUACUGCAAGUUUAACAAAUGUGUUGCCUUGGGCAGCUCCCCUCAACCCUGAGGAGCAGUCCCAUGGCUCUGAGCCCUCCUCUGGCCUCACAGUAUGUGCAUACAUGAGUUUGCUUAACAGCAGUGUUCUUAGGAGCUUCUAGACCCAAGGAAAUGCCAGCUCUUCAAGUUUGAGUUUACCACUUGGCCUCCCUUUUGGUUGCUGGUUUGGACUAUACCACUUUAUGAAAGGCCUUCUUUGGGGGAUUUUCAAAGGUGAGUAUGCCUUGGUGUUUGUUGGAAACAAAUUCCCUUGAUUAAUAAUCAGUGAGCUUGGCCUUUGCCCCUGCCACCUUCUCCCUCAGCCCCGAGGUCAUUAUGCUGCGGUGACUUCCUUAGCAGGCCACUGGAGUGAGACAGAGUGGGAACAUCUACAGAAAUCGGAAAUCUCAGACAGUGGAAGCUCUCCGGGGGCUUGAUCUUCAGCUUGCUUCCCCCAUACAUCUGCUUGAAUACAUUGGUGACAACUUUAUGAUACAGCAAAAGUUUGAAUGACAUGAAGAAUUGCCUUACUAAGUCAGAUUAGCUUCCCAGGAGGCCAGUCCCUGAGCAUCCCACGGAAUCCUGCAGGCCAUGGUCCACAGCUGUCUGUGGGUGUUGUCAUGUUUUCUCUCUUCUUUUUUUUUUUUUUUUGGACCUACGUUAUCUGUGAACAUCUUCAUCUACCAAAUAUUGACAAACCAUGUGAAGAAACCAAGCAUUUUAUGUCAUCAUGUGCUUGCUCCUGGCACUGUUCGUGGACUAUAUAAAUGAUAUUCUUUAAACACACAGACACACGUGCAGCCAGCUAGUAUGAAGCUGUCCCAGGAGGUGAAGAAGGCCUUGUCCUGUCCAGAUGUGUGAUGACUCCAGGCCUUCUUUUGGUUUUGGUGACAGACAACCCACCAAGGCAGAGGGAGCAUCCAAGAACUCACUUCUAUCGCAUUAUCUCCAAAUGAAAGGGACAUAGAGGUGUUUCUCUGAAAUUAACAUUUAGAUGAGUUAACCUGCCCCACCCCUCCCCAGCCCCUACUCCAGCUACCUGAGUGUGAGGCAGCAGCUGUGGCAGCACAGCAAAACUAAGAUCCAAGAAAGAGAAAUGAGAGAUUGUUUCCCCAGGAGUAAACCCAUGUUGCAUUUCAUAAUGGGGUCUCGUGCUGCGAGGCAGCAGUAGUUUGCUUUAUCCCAGGCUUUCAGUCCACACCUGAGAGCUGGAACCUUUGAUCUUCUUGUCCUUGAAUUCCCCUCGACAUCAUGGGGAAGCAGUUUCUCACUUUCAUCUCUUCCAGAUUGGAAAUCAGCACUCCUGCCUGUUGUUUUAUCUCCAAUUGCUAUUCUGAACAUAGGGACCAUGAGAUGCAAAUGCAGAGUGGGUUCCGUGGUGAUAGAAGUGGGACUCAAACAAGGACCCCAAGCAGGAAAGGGUCCCCUGCAGUAGAUGCUGGGGCUGAAAAACAAACAACAACAAAAAAGCCGUGCAGCCCAGUGUGGGGGAUUUGGGGCAGGAAUGUGGCUCAGGGUAUCUUAAAGUGGCCUGAAGCUUGAAAUCUAUGUGCAGUAGGGUGGCAGUGAGUUGAUUACAGCUCCUGUCCAGACUGGUGGUUCAGAAAACCUCACGUACACAUCCGAGACCCGCGUUUGCUGCAAGGAUUUCCAUUCAAGUGUUACACAGGAAUGCAUUUGUGCCCGCAUGGGUGUGUAUCUCAAGCCACGUGUGGGGGCUUCAAAUUGUGGAGCACACAUUCAUUCUGGUGAAGCCAUAUGCCUUCAUCACAGGUAUUUCUGUUCAAAACCAGCCAUCUGACCUUGACUCAGGAUAGAAGGCCAGGCUGACAAAAGCCCACAGUCCCUCAGUGCACGCACCCUCGCCCUGUGUUGUUGGCCAGUGGAUUUGUCAUUGAGCCUUCCAAAAUAAUGAUGUAUUGAAUGUUUCUAGGUUCCUUAUUCCAUCAGGGAUUGUAGGGUAACAAAACUACUACAGAUGAGUUCAUUUCAAAAUUGGAAACAGAAGAUUCCAUGAAUUUAGUCAUUCUUUCCUGUCUGAAGAUUUAUUAGCCCAUUCUAAGCAUAUGCAAAAGCAUUUCCUCACUUCUGAAGACAGUAACUCUAACCCCUGAAGCCAAGCCCGUCAGACAGGUUGGAAGUCCUGAGUGUUGCUGGUGGGUACUCUCUAAACUGUCCGCUGCCGUCAUCCCUGGGGCCUCUCGGCUGCCACCCGGGCAGUGUGACCUAGCUUUCCACAGUGUGAACAACAUCGGUGCAGGGAAAAAAACCAAGCGGGGCCACUGUCCUCCAAGCCAAGUGAGACAAAUCUGGGCGCUCGGUUUCACCGAUGCUGCCAGGAAAUGGGUCUAACAUAUUUUUCUUGCCAGGUGGUAGAAAUAUAAUAUUGCUCUGGAUUAUAGUAUCUCUUUCUCCUCCUCUGGAAGGUAUCUGUCACCAUGUGUGGGUAAAAAUUCAUAAAGUAUCCUUUUGCAACCUUCCUGACAAAAUAAUAUGCUUCUCAAUUACAAAUUGUUCAUUAUUUCCACAAUAAUAGAAGCAGAAUUUCAACCCAGGGAAAGCUAUUAAAACCUUAGCUUAUGAUUUCAGAAAAAGUUGUUUGAACAUUCCUAAGACCUCAUUUAUUCAUCCCUAAACAAACACACUCCGCUGCUGGGUGGCCCUACUCAGAGCUGGAUCUGAUAUCAUAAUGCUGGGCACGGACUGGAGCUAGAGGCUGUGUCAAGACCUGAUUGCAUGUAAUUAACAGCGUUUACAACAGCCAAUCCCAGUGUCCACGUGUGUAGAGAGACCAAUCGGAUACCAGCGCUCAGACAGAAUUUUAAGAGUCUCAUACCUUCAUUUCCCACGUUGCUAACAUCCCUCACUGUCCCGUUCAAUUUAGCAUUUAAAUUUAUCAUUUAAAAGUUAUCAUUUAUUUGCAAACUCAGGCUGUUGCUUUAUUUAUCACACUGCCUGUGUUUUACAACAGUGGUGGCGAACCUACGGCAGGUGUGCCACAGUGGGCUGUGUUUAUCAUAGAAAGCUCUGAAAGGUUCACCAUUGCUGUUUUAGAGUUUAUUUACACUUCUUGCUUGGAACUGUUCUCCACAUGCUCUGCAUUCAAAGGUGAAGCUUGGUAGAUCUGUCUGCGGCUGUUUUUUGGUUCUGGUUUUUUUUUUUUUUUUUUUUCUGUUUUUCUCACUCUGUCAAAGUCUGUUAGCACAGACAAGGGGAGGGGAGGAUAAAUGAAUCAGGAGAACAGAGAUUAGGGCCCAAUUCUCAAAGUACAGAGCUUAGUGUAAAAAUCUCAGCUGUUUCUAAAGUAGCCAAAGGGGAAAAGAUCUUUCCUUUCUCAUUUGAUGAUAAUGAGGUUGGAAUUCAGCUUCCACUGGCCUCGGCAGAAGAGGGUCCAGCCUCUUCCUCCCGGUUCAACAGGAAAUUCCUGAGAAAUGUGCUGACAGUAUUAUUACAUCCCUCCAUUUCUUCACGAUUCUGACACUACCCCGUGCUACUGAAGUGGGCCGGGCAGGCAGCUAGAGGUCCUUACCUUGGAUAUAUAUCAUAGCUGGAUUUUUUUUUUUUUCCUGGAGAAACAGAAGCACUUUAGUGAGUCUUCCAACCCAUAAUACUUAAGGCAUCUUGUCCGCUCAAUGGAUCCCUGACAGCCAGGGAGGGCCUGGGCCAGUAAUCUCAUCUGGGGAAGGAGGGGGAAACCAGGUGCUAAGCCUGGUUCCAUCACUAGCUACGCAACCUCAGACAAGUGACUUCAUUUUGCUGGGCCUGGGGCUCCGCAGGGGAAGGUUGGGGCCAUAAAGCUGCUUUUCCCGGAUAAUGUCAAGAGGAAAACAUGGUGGAACAGAUGUACUUCAAGGAAAUGGAAACUCUGUGUAGGAGCUGGGAGAUCAUUUAAAGAUGAAACUAACAUCAACAGUCAUUGAUUGGCCCAAGUUUAUAGAGUAGUUAGAGCAGAACCGGGACUUGAGUCCAGCGCACUGGACUCUUCCCAUUAGUAAGAUGGCACUGCACCGUGUGUGCUCAUGACCACACACUUCACUCCUCUGCACCAAUGUGUGUGUGUGUGCAUAUGUGGAAGCGUGUGUACAGAAGACGUAUGACAUAUGGAAGAGCAUGGGACAGAAAACCUGAGUUCUAAUUCCAGUUUCCACAGUAGACCUGUCUAGGGCCUCGGAAAAAUUACCAGCUACUCUGAACUCAGUUUUCUAAUCUGCAAAAUGAGAACUGCGCUCAAUGACCUUUGUGGUUCCUUCAAGCUCUAGCUCUGCGGUUCCAUGGUUAGUAAUGUAUGUAUGUAUAUAGAAAUAUGCUUAUCUGUAGAAAUGGACCCAUUUGAAAACUGGAGACAAACCUGCCCAAGUGCAUUUAUUGUGUUGGAAACAGUGAAUUCACAAACAAGCUCAUAAAUUCUUUUGUUUUUUAGAAAGUCAGUGGUAGUAUUGAUAUCAUUGUUUUAAAUUCACUGUUUAACUGAAGAUUGACGCUGUUUUAAAAAUUAAGCUCUUAGCUCACAAGUGUUUGCUGUUAAUUUAAAAAAAAUAAAGUUCAUUUGUCGAGGUCAGAAAUUCAACUAUCCAUUCUUGGGCAGAUUCCAGCAGCCUAUCUGCAGGCUGGUUUUGUGUGUGGGCCUUUACAUAGUUAUGUAAAAGUAAGCUGUUGGCUUGGUCAUGAUAAAUAUGAGCAGGCUACCUGGAGAAGGUCUGGGAAAGAACGUGGUAUAGUUCUCACAAAUUGGUGACAUGCGUUCAUGAAUCUGUGCCCCAUUUCCCACGUGAAGACAUUGUUUGCUGGCUACGAUCUCUGACUUUUUGUGGCAUAUGAGGUGUAAAAUGUUGUCAAAAAAAGAAUCUGGUGUUUAAAAGAAUCAAAUUAUGGUGGCAUUAAAUGUUCACUUUUAUUCUA